UUUGGCUUCAAAUAGUGUAACCCUCUCUGCCUCAUUUCUACAUUAGUUUUUUUACAAUAAGUUCCGCUAACCGUUUCCCUAAUUUGUUGCAGUCCAUAGCUCCUCGCAACGCUCCAAGAAAAAUGUCACACAAUCCAACAGUAAUCCGCAAGGCAAAAUCCACCCGUAUGGAUAAUCCCUCGAUGACCCAGGCAUAUCGACAACAGGUCAACGAAUAUGGACUGCCCAAAGAGAAGAUUCCCAAGAUGAGUAACGUUCGACGCACCAAGACAUCCAAACAGCAGGUGCCGGAACCACCAAAGGAUAUCGUUCACGACAUGAGCAGGAUAAGUAAUCAUUUCGAUAUGACUCAGGCCUCCAAAAACGCGAUCAGAGUUGCUGGUGGGGGCAAUGCAGCAGUGGCUCCUAAAUACCAAAGUAGGGUUCAUCUAAGCAACGAACCAUCCAAAACUGUUCGACCUCCAGUGACCACAGCUAGUUUUCAAAAACUGACACCCAAGGAGAUAAAGGAACUCAAGGAAACCAAAGAUAUCAAGGUUCACAAGGAACCCAAGGAAACCCGAGGUUUAAAAGAACCCAAGGAGUCUAGGGAGCACAGAGAACAUAAGGAACCCAGGGAAUCUAGAGAACCUAAGGAACUAAAAGAAGCCAAGGAACCUAAAACAAAGGGAGGCGAUAAAUCACCCCAUCUCAGUCAUCGUUCUACCCGUUCUAGCACCAAUCGCACCAAGAAUUAUUUCGACAAAUACCUAAAAUUCGCCUUUGAUCUGAGCACUCCUGAGGGUGUGCAGAAACUGGAGGACCACUUCUUUCCCAACCAAUCCUUUGCCCAAAAUCCAAAUCCAACUGGCAGCUCAAAUCUUAAAAGAGAGGGAUAAGCUAAGCCCGAUUUAAACAAUUUCAUACAAGCCGAACUAUGUCGAUCCAAAAUUUUCAAGUUUUUUACAAGGUGAUUAUUAAAUUGCAGCAAACAUAGCUUCUAAAAUUAUGUUGGAAUAUUGUG